GCACGCAGGAUGUGACAGCACAGUUCAAAGGUCACCGCAGAGAAAAGAGGCGCACAGAUCUACACACCGAUCGCAAAGAGAAGGAGACAUAGAGAGAGAGACGCAAGAAGGGGGAGUGAAGGAGAGAGAUAAUUCAGGAGAGGACAAGGACAUCAUGGUUUCAAUCACAGAGACUCAGAAGAUUGGUGUUGGUCUCACAGGCUUCGGCCUCUUCUUCCUGCUCUUUGGCGUGCUGCUGUACUUUGACUCUGUCUUGCUGGCUUUUGGGAAUGUCCUGUUUCUGGCCGGUCUGACGUUCAUCAUUGGCCUGAGGAGGACGGCCGGCUUCUUCGUCCAGAGACAGAAGCUCAGAGGCUCCACCUUCUUCCUGGGGGGCGUGGCCUUGGUGCUGUUCCGCUGGCCAAUCAUCGGCAUGGCCGUGGAGAGCUACGGCUUCGUGCUCCUGUUCAGGUCAUUCUUCCCUGUGGCAUGUGGAUUCAUUUUAUCGUUGGUGAAUAUCCCCUAUCUCAAUGUGGGAAACAGCUCCUCUAUGAUCUGAGGGAAGAGAAGGGGAGUGGAAGCUCUCUAUAUUUCUCUCUCACUCUUUCUCUCUUCUUUCUUUAUUAUCCCAGUUGUACAACAACUUCCUAGGAAGUAGCCCUUGUAUGGUCUAAGGAAAGGGAGAGAGAGGGUGGAAGAGAUGAAAAAAGGAAGCAGAAAAAGAAGAGAGGAGGAAUGGAAGUGAUGGGUGAGAAAAUGAGUAUUUGGGCUCAGACUGGCUAUAACCUUUGACAGAGACUGAUGGAACGGGGAAGUGAUGGAGUUGAGGUAGCUUAAAGCCUUCCCCAUCAACAACCAUGAACCAACCGAUGGACUCUUCUUCUUGAAAUGUUUACAUAAAACAUGAACUAUCAAAUAAAUCAUGUGUGGCAAUGAGUAGCUGCCAUAUCACUAAUGUACAGGGUUGGGAGUAACCGAUUACAUGUAAUCAAUUAAACUGUAAAUGCAAUCAGUUACCUUACGAGCAGAAAUAUUGGAAUCAGAUUACAGAUACUUUUGAAAAAGUAGAUGAUUAGUUAUUGGAUUACUUUUACAUUUAGAAAGGAUGUUUGCG